CACCCCAGGAUCAAGACCUCCCACAUUCUGUCCGCCCCUGCCUGCCGGUCCCUGACGAAACGGAGACACAGAAGAACAUUCUGCGGUGCGCUCUGCCUGUCAGACGGCCGACGUCGACGACCGUGACUCGUUGUUUGUCAUCGCUUCUCCCUUUCUGCCCUCUCUCCCUUCGACCGUCCCCGAUAACGCUCUUCUCCGCUAUCCACGCACAUCUCGCUCACACACACGAUGCCUCCCCCCGAAGAGUAUGAUGAGCUGGACGCCGACGGGGAAGUCGAUGGCCUGGACUCGUCUGCUACCAACAGUACAGCACCCUCCCAAACGACAGCGACAGCAGCCUCUUUGGCUGCCGCAAGCGGCGUCGGCAAACGAUACCGCCCUGCCCCUGCGAAAACCUUUCAGUGCCGUGGAUAUGGAGAGUGCAGGAUGGUUUUCAGUCGGAGCGAGCACUUGGCGAGACAUAUACGAAAGCACACGGGUGAACGCCCCUUCACAUGCCACUGCGGGAAGCAGUUCUCCCGUCUCGAUAACUUGCGCCAGCACGCGCAGACGGUACACGCGGAAAAUCCAAGCCGCAAUGAAGCUAUGAUGCGUGACUUGGCCAGCGUGCAUGCCACGAUGACCGCUGGGAACGGGAACUUGGCAACGACGAAUGCCGCGUCCCCUAGCGCCGAAGAAACGGGUGCCAGCACCACAGCGACGGUCAAGCGGACUGCAAGUAAAAAGCGCCCGAACACCAAGGCUGGAGGGGUCAAGGUCAAGAAGGAGUCCGUGGAAAUGCUCCCCAGCCAGCGACCGGGCACCUCGACCGGGUAUGAGGGCGCAGCUGCUUCGUAUCCAGACACUUCCGGCAUGGAUGUCGACGGAGAAGGCGAAGAUGAUGAAGAUGAAAGAAGAGAAGAAGUUGACGUAGUGCGUUUCUUCUUUUGUCACCGACGUCGCCGUGCUAAAGAGAUGGUGGCAGAAACCACAUGUCCGGAGUACACAAACCCAAGCAACAAUCCCCCGCCGCGCACCUCAUCAGCCCUCCCCGCCAUCAGAGUUGGGGAGGGCGCGUUCGUUUCGGUCCUCGCAGUUUCGAGCCAACUCCGGCGGAUUUCGGCCGAGCUCAGCCAGCGCCAGCUCUGCCGCCAUCGCCCCCGAGGGUCCUUUCGUGAUCCUCUCCCCGCUCAAUCAUCAUUCGGAGUUGGGAGAGAUCGAGAGUCAUUUCGAAGCCACCCCUAUGCACGGCGGUCACCACCCGAGCUCACCCCAUCCCCUCCCAUCACCCAGAACCGGGUCACCUCUGGGCGCCCAUUUUCGUCCGCAUCCACCGGGUUCGAUGGUCUUCCCGGCUCAAGGCCUGGGACCGGGGGAAAUGGUACACGACUUCCGCCCAUCACAGCAUUCCUCCCCGCUACCGGGCUUCGCCCCGGGUCCAGCUCCAGUCGACCCGGGUCCAGUUCCCAGUCCGGAGGAUUAUCAGCAGGAGGGAUACUCCUUCCGGGUUCACUCACCUUACGGCGACCCUCGACUGGCCACGACUGGGAAUGGGGCGAUGCAUGGGACGUCCGACCUGGGACUGCCCCCGGAAAGCUCCUCCCCUCACGUGCUGCUCCCCCAGACCUCGACGAUGCAUCUCCGUUCUCAUUCCAUGUCCCCGACCAGCCAAGUGCCGCCAGCGCCGCCGCCAAUCACGGGGGCUCACGCAAACGCCCGCUCGGCGGCCCGGAUGGGCCGUAUGGGCCGUAUCCAGACGACGACGGCGGCAAGUCCCGGCCCGCGAGUCGGCGCUUCUCCGUCAUGGAGCUCUGCAACGACAACCAGCAGCGACCGCCCACACGUGAGCGGGAGCGGCCGACGACGACCAAUGGGCUCAUCUCACGUGCCUCGGCGCUCGUCCUCGACGAUCGAGAUGCGGAACACGACGCCGUCUUUGCCUGGGAGGCGGGUGAACAGCAUUUCGCCCCCGCCGACGGUCCCAUUGCUGGCACAGCCCCAGGGAGUCGACCGGGAAGCAUGAGCGGCGGCUAUCCGGAGUCCCAUCACUCGCAUCCCCAGGCGCAUCAAUUCUAUCAAGGGUAUAUGCUGGACCAGCCGCAAGCAUACCAGGACUACCACCACCCGUAUCAGACGCCUGGUCUCGAGAUGCGGAUGGAGCAGAUGCAGAUGAUGGAGGCAGCCGGUUCGGGAUAUCCCGGCUACCAGCACCCUACGGGCUAUCCGCUUCCGUACGAGCAGCCUCCCGAGAUGGGUCAUCACCACCCGCAGGAGUACCCGCUGCCCCCGGACGCGGGACCGCAUUUGGAGGCGGUCUCCCCGGGAUCGCCCUACUCACAACACGGCUUCCACCUCAGUCAACAGCCGCUUUCACCCUACCCCCACUACGGUCCGGAGACGGUUCCGUUUCACCCCGAUCCCCAACAUGGGUUCAGCAGCAGCACCACCGUGUACGGAGCUUCGACUAUCAGCCCCCAGGACACGUUCAAGCUGUACGACGCGGAUCUCCUGGAGAUGAAUAUGAAUAUGACCGUCGGGUUGAGAGCGGAAUGA